CCAAGAACCUGGGCCACCUUCUGCUGCCUUCCCAGAGUUAAUAGAGGGGAGACAACCUUGCUGAAGAUGAAGAAUAUACAAUAUUAGAGGAGAAUUUUUUCUUUCUUUGUCUUGUCUUCCGUUCCCACCUUUCAAUCGAGUUGGCUUCAUCAGAAAUGUUUUUUACAGUCUCAAGGAAAAACAUGUCCCAGAAAUUAAGUUUCCUCUUACUUGUAUUUGGACUCAUUUGGGGAUUGAUGUUACUGCACUAUACUUUUCAACAGCCAAGACAUCAAAGCAGUGUGAAGUUACGUGAACAAAUACUAGACUUAAGCAGAAAAUAUGUGAAAGCUUUGGCAGAGGAAAAUAAGAACAUGGUGGAUGUCGGGAAUGGCGCUUCCAUGGCGGGAUAUGCGGACCUGAGAAGGACGAUCGCCGUCCUGCUGGAGGACAUCCUGCAGCGCCUGAUGAAGCUGGAGAGCAAGGUGGACUACAUUGUCGUGAACGGCUCCGCCACCAACACUACGAAUGGUGCUGCGGGGCAUUUGGUGCCAGUGACCACAAACAAGAGGAUCAACGCGUCGGGCAGCGUUAGAUAGCACCUGGAGCGCCCUCCUCCCGCCCGGCUCCAUCCACUGUAGAUUCUGUCCUGCCACAGAAAACCUUUGUAAUCACUGGUUAGUACAGAAUAAACACUUGACAAUUAAAAGCUCUAGGCAUUUCUAAGGAAUGUGCUGGAUUCAUGGAACUCUAAUUCUGUAAUAUACAAUUUUAAAUGCGGUUAGUUUGCUCUCAGACAAGCGUCUUUGCUGCUGUAUUAUAUCCUUAACAGGAAUUUGGCAACAUGGCUGAUGUAGUACACAGAUAAGUGAUCUUUGUAUAAAUCUUUUGUGUUUGAGAUCAAGCUGAAACAAAACCACCGAAAGUCAUAGAUGCAUUUCUGUAAAAUAUUUAUUUAACAUAUAACAUGUUCUUCAGAUGAGUUGAGAAUAUGGUUAUUGGAUCAUUCUGUCAUUUGUCUUCAGUAGCUAUAACUUCAGACUGAGGCUUUUAAAAAUGAGCUUACUUCUAGUACUAUCUCUUUGUUAUUUAGAUAAUGAGUGGAAAAAAGGAAGUAUAACGUUGAAAACAUUUUGAAAUCAUGACCCAAAGAAUGUCUUCGUUUGCACUGUCCUUCAAAAUACUGAAAGUUAUUUAAUGUAUAUGUAAAAAUAUUGCAUUUUUACGAGUAUUAUCUUGAAAUGGGUAGCACCUACUGUCCAUAACCUGUUCUAAGAGUUGAGGCCAUUUAAUAAAAUUGAUACAGCAGUCUCUGCUCUCAUACUUAUGAUUUUCUUACUUACAUUCUGAAGAAUAAAAGAUAUUUUUAUGAUGAGAUUAUAAAUAACUGAAAUAUUCAUGAUGUUUCUCAUCCAUGGAUGUCAGCUGGAGAAUUUAACCCUUGGGUGUCUGUUUAUUAGGAAAGCACUUUUCCGUGGCUGGAUAAAUUUGGCUUUCAUUAUAUUUGGGGGGGGGACCAAGAUUUUAGGUAGAUUGGGACUCUUGAGGGCUUUGUCCAGAUGUAUAUAAUGAAGUAUUUGUACUGCAUUAAGUUGCUUGGGAAAUGUUAAUGUAUAUAAGAGUGCCCUGCUUUAUGAAACUUUGGAUUUGUAUAACAGAUGUGUUGAUAACUCAUUUUAUAUAAUGACCAUUUAAAAGAAUUAAGAACAUUUAAAGUAUAAAUUAUGAAGAUUGACUAUCUUUUCAGGAAAACAGCUACUGUACAUAGCACAAAAAAUUCUAAUCUUGGGUAAUUCUAGUAUAGAACAUUUAAUUUAAAACUUCCUUGUAGAAAACUAAUUGCCAUACGGUGACCUAUAUUUCAUACUAUUUAUUCUCUAUAAAAACUGCAUCAGUGCAGCUAGCUUAUAGAUUUUAGACUAUGUUGAAUUUAGUUUUGGAUAUUGUAUUAUUCAUUAUUAUAUGCUACCACAUGUAGUAGCAAUAAUUACAAUAGUUUAUGAAAAUAACUGAGAAAAUACUAUUUCAUGAAAGAUAGUUUUCUGCAAUGGUCUGUGUACCCUACCUUUAUGUGAAGAAAUUAAUUAUGUACCAUUACCAGAUAAAGUUUGGAAUAAUGUUGAGUCUCUCUUACUAGACAUGUAUAUUUUUGUUUUUGUUUUCAGGGAUCAAAUAAAAAUAUAUUAUUUCUAUUUA